AGAAGUGUGCGUGAGAAAAGGACUUUUAUGCACGAUAGGCCUACCUACGUACGUCUCUAUCAUGACGUCGUGAAUUAGCUGGAGAUUGUAGGGAGAGAGAAAAAGGGAGGGAGUGUGAGAAUUCGGUGUUUCGUCGUACAAGGGGAAGCGAUUGUAUAUAGUGCGUGUAUUUAUAUGUACAUUUUUCGUUUCUGACUUUUCACCACGAAAUUGAAGUAGAUGGCAAUAGACUGAUUAAUACGGUUGUUUUUGACAUUCAAUGUAUACGCUAUGCACGGGGACCGGGUUGCCAUUCAUAGCCAUAAAAACAUAGCCAUACAAUACGUUGCAAAGAAGCACAUUUUACCAAAUAAUUCGACAUUUGGGUGAUCCCAAACGAGUCGCAACCGAUGGACAUACGGUCAUCUUGACUGAGCGCGUCGAAAGUAUUUGUAAGUACACAUUAUUACAUGCUACAAUCUCUUACUCAGUGUGCAACCUAAACAAUGGUGUACAAUUCUAAGGAAUCAAGCUUGCAUACAUGUGGCUAUUUGUAUUCAGAUGACAGGUCUCCUCUAGCCUUUGUAAAUUGUAUUCUCGUAAAUGACAGGUUUCGCCUAGCAGCAACGACUUUACAUAGUUUUUUUAUUAUCGUAGCAUAAUAUAACACACAGUCCCACCUAUUAAUGACGUUAGUUUAUCUUUAGAUGUAUUGUGCACGUUUUCAGUGAAUGUAUUUAUGCUAUGGGAAUGAAUGGCAACCUAGAAUUGACAUGAAAUCCGAACUUCUCAAAUCUGAAUUCUGCAAACGGAUAUAGGGCUGGCCUUCUUCGAUAGGCCGUCAAGGAUUCCCGGCCGUGUCAACACGGAUCAGCAACUACCGGUAGCCUACUGUUGGUGGCACCUUAAGAGCGACCCUCAUUAAAGCGUUUGUAGAUCCAGUAAUGGCACAGCUAUUGUUUCUUAUAAUUCUGUAUGCUCUGCCAUCUCUUGUUGUGGCCAUACAUAAUUCAACAACUGGAGGCUGUGCCAUCAUCCGUCCUCCCAGAGACGGAGGCAUCCGCUACAGAGGCCUGACACAAGAACAGAUUCGCAAUGUGCAGAUCCUACCAGUGGACUACGAGAUAGAGUACAUCUGCAGGGGGAACAGGGUCAUAGUGGGCCCUAAGGUCAGGAAGUGCCUUCCCAACGGCACAUGGACCGACAUCACACAGCACAGCAGGUGUCUGCUGCUGUGCCCUCGUGUGUGGACGUCCCUGGAGAAUGGGAGGGUGGCGCUGAAGCCCCCUGGGCCACCGGUGGAGGGCACCGUGCUGCACUACAGCUGCCAUGCUGGCUUCAUGCUGGAGGGCAGGAACAUCACACACUGCACCAAGCUGGGCAAGUGGGACUCACCCAAACCGGUCUGCCUCUAUGACAGAAACUACAAAGGCAAGAAGAAACUCUACAUCGGAGCUCUCUUCCCCAUGAGCGGCGGUUGGCCGGGCGGCCAAGCAUGUCUCCCCUCUGCGCAGAUGGCUUUGGAUCUGGUAAACAACCGGACGGAUAUUCUGCCGGAUUACGAAUUGGAGCUGAUAUACUAUGACAGUAUGUGUGACCCGGGGGAAUCCACCAAGUUGCUCUAUGAUCUGCUCUACACAGAGCCCAUCAAGACAGUUCUGAUGCCCGGCUGCAGCUCCGUAUCCACACUGGUAGCAGAGGCUGCUCGCAUGUGGAACCUCAUAGUGUUGUCCUAUGGCUCCAGCUCUCCAGCCUUGUCCAACAGGAACCGCUUCCCCACCUUCUUCCGCACCCACCCUUCGGCCACCCUCCACAACCCCACCAGGGUACGCCUCUUUCAGAAGUGGAAGUGGACCAAGAUCGCUACCAUCCAGCAGACCACAGAGGUCUUCACUUCGACUCUGGAUGAUCUGGAGCAGAGGGUGAAGGAGGCUGGGAUUGAGAUCAGUGUGAGACAGAGCUUCCUCACCGACCCGGCUGUCGCUGUCAAGAACCUCAAGCGCCAGGAUGCCAGAAUAAUUGUGGGGCUCUUCUAUGAGACGGAAGCCAGGAAAGUGUUUUGCGAGGUAUUUAAGGAGAAACUGUAUGGGAAGAAAUAUGUGUGGUUUCUGAUUGGUUGGUACGCUGAUAACUGGUUCAAGAUCAAAGACCCGUCCAUCAACUGCACCAUCGAGAACAUGACAGAGGCGGUGGAGGGCCACGUUACCACGGAGAUCGUCAUGCUCAACCCCGAGACCGUCCGCGGAGCCUCCAACCUGACCUCUCAGGAGUUCCUGGGGGCGUUGAUGAACCGGCUGGGGGGUAUGAACCCGGAAGAGACGGGGGGCUUCCAGGAGGCCCCUCUGGCCUACGACGCUGUCUGGGCCCUGGCCCUGGCCCUCAACAAGACUGUGGCCCCUCUGAAGGCCAAAGGCCGCAGGCUGGAGGACUUCAACUACAACAACCAUGACAUCACAGCAGAGAUCUACCGCGCCCUCAACACCAGCUCAUUUGAAGGCGUGUCUGGUCAUGUGGUGUUUGAUGCCCAGGGUUCCAGGAUGGCUAUGACCCUUAUUGAGCAACUGCAAGGAGGCAGUUAUAAGAAGAUUGGAUACUACGACAGCUCUCAGAAGAAUCUCUCCUGGUUCGGCAACGAUGUGUGGAUAGGUGCCGGGCCCCCGGCUGACUCGACAAUAGUCAUUGAGGAGUUUAGGUACCUCUCUCAGAAGCUGUUUGCUGCUGUGUCUGUCUUCGCUGGUCUGGGCAUCCUGCUGGGCAUCGUCUGUCUGACCUUCAACAUCUACAACAGCAACGUCCGGUACAUCCAGAACUCCCAGCCCUACCUGAACAACAUGACAGCAGUGGGCUGUAUGAUGGCCCUGGCUGCUGUGUUUCCCCUGGGGAUCGACGGACACCACAUCCACAGGUCCCAGUUCCCUGUGGUCUGUCAGUUCCGUCUGUGGCUGCUCGGCCUGGGCUUCAGUCUGGCCUAUGGCAGCAUGUUCACCAAGAUUUGGUGGGUACACAAUCUCUUCACAAAGAAGGAGGAGAAGAAGGAGAAGAGGAAGCACCUGGAGCCAUGGAAACUCUAUGCAACAGUUGGAGUGUUACUAGCCAUAGACAUCCUGUCACUCGUGAUUUGGCAGAUUGUGGAUCCUUUACACAUCACAGUGGAGAAGUUCACUAGGGAGGCCCCUAAAGGAGACUUGGAUGUCCUGAUUCAGCCUCUCCUGGAGCACUGCACCUCAGAGAAGAUGAACACAUGGCUCGGUGUAGUGUAUGGCUACAAGGGACUGCUGCUUUUGCUGGGGAUAUUUCUGGCCUACGAGACCAAGUCUGUUUCCACGGAGAAGAUCAAUGACCAUCGAGCCGUGGGGAUGGCUAUUUACAACGUGGCUGUGUUGUGCAUGAUCACGGCGCCCGUCACUAUGAUCCUCACGUCACAGCAGGACGCUUCCUUUGCCUUUGCCGCUUUGGCCAUAGUGUUCUCUGUCUACAUCACGCUGGUGGUGCUCUUUGUGCCCAAGAUGCGCAGGCUGAUUACGCGUGGUGAGUGGCAGUCGGAGCAGCAGGACACGCUGAAGACCGGCUCGUCCACCAACAACAACGACGAGGAGAAGUCUCGCCAGCUGGAGAGAGAGAACCGUGAGCUGCAGAAGAUCAUACAGGAGAAAGAGCAGAGGGUAUCGGAGCUCCGCAACCAGCUGGUUGAGAGACAGGCCCUGCGCAACCGACGACGGCCCUCAUCAGGCACCAACCAGAACCACAGCAACCCGUCCCCGCCCUCUUCCCAGCCAGACCCCAAGUCUCUCCUGCCCCCACCCGGUUACCCCAACCCUGCGUCGGACAAUCACUCCUCCUUACCCCCCUCCUUCUCCAACUCCUCCAACCUGUACCAGACGGACAGCAAGAUAAGUCGCAACCACUGUCACAACAGCCAGAUCCCACUGCUCUACAAGUGAAGGGGUGUGGGGUGGGGCGCUGGAAGAGCUCAGAGCACAUGGAGGAACAAACAUACAUGGAGGCACUGUGACUUUCACUUGUUAUGGAAAAAGAGCACAAGCUACUGAUAUUGACAGAGUGAGUGGAGGCACAUGACGGAAGAGGGCUUUUCCAUUCACUGCAGGCUGCUGUGAGGCGAGUCACCCGGGGUAACACCAGUCUUUCUCACAGUCUAUCUCACUGUGUGAACCUGAAGCACUUGUGACUAGUACUAGGAGUUAUUGAAUAAGAGACAAGCACAUCCCAGAGUAACCCUCAGUCUACUUGUGGAGACAAAAAAAUUGACAGAUCUCCCCUUUUCACUCCUCCUCUUUCCUCCUUCCCUUUGUUUGUUUUCUCGUUCCGUUGUGCAAAUGUAUCCAGGAUCUCCAGGAGGACUUUGUGUACUGUGUGUGCUUGCUCCUUUUUGACUCCCGUCUCGAUUUGUCUCUUUUUGACUCCCGUCUCUAUUUGUCUCUUUUUGACUCCCGUCUCUAUUUGUCUCUUUUUGACUCCCGUCUCUGCCUAUUGGUCUUCUGUUUGUUGAAAUAGCGAAGCACAUGGUAAUUGAUUAAUAUUGUUAUUACAUAAUGUAUGAUAUGUUAUGUCAUGGAUUCAGUGUUGUGCCCUUUUUUUUUGGGGGGGGGGGGGUUAAGGGGUGGAAACUGUUCAAAUGCAAUGCGAGUGGAAAAAACAGCACAGUUUCCCUGUGGAUUCAAUUUACUGGAUUUCAUAUCAAAACGCCAUCUAAACUCAAAGUGUAAAGUCAACCUAACUGAAAGUGAAAUGCCAACAUUAUAGCCAUAUGCGGUAGAGGAUUUUGGAAUGGACACCCUCAUUUUGGGACAAUAGCAAGAUUUUUUGUGGAUGUUUUGCCGUAUACAUAUUCAAGUACAGCUUUGUAUCUUCAAUCACAUUUUUGCUGUUGUAUGCUCUUGAAUAUAUGAAACCCAUUUGAUAAGAAAAUAGUGUACUAUGAUAUGUAACCUAAUAAGUUUUCUAUGGAUCAUCUUUUUGAAAGUUUUCAAUUGGACUUGAAUGGAUAUGUUCCCACAAUUAGAAUUUUAUUGGACACAUCAGAGAUAUUCAAAGGUAGUUCAACCUCCUAAAGAUUUGAAAUGGCAUAUUUAUUAUGCAUCAUUCUUCCAAGCCUUCUUAUUUUCUUUGUCUUUAGGGAAAAACAGAUUCAUUGACAAUCUGAAUAUAAAUGUAAAUGUGAGUGUACAUGCCUGUCGCCCGUUGGUCUUAUAUUUGACAUUUAUUCCGAAUUUUCCCUCAGAUUUUUAGCUUUGUACAACUACAUUUGUGAAUGUGAUGACGAAGAAUAUAUGUAACGGUAUAUGGAAAGGAUUCUGACAUGCGUAUACGACAGUUAAUAUAUAUGUACAAUCUCAUUCAUUAGCAAUUUGUCAAAAUGUAUGAAGCAAUGAUAUAACACAGCUUUAUUGGCAAGUUACGUAAGUGACGUUACUUUUCCAAAUAGCAUUAUCUCAUGUUGCACUAUAGUUCAAGACAAAAGAAGGAUUCAGGUCAUGAUUUUGUUGCCGUUCUAAUGACAUACUGUAGCUCAGGGUAUAGGAAAGUGAGAUAUACGACCUCUCCAUAGGAAGUUAUUGGAUGAAAUAGUCACUAUUUAUUAACUGUACAUGGACGACAUUGGGUAAUAUUGUAAUAUAUGUAUGCGAAGAUUAUUUAGAGAAAUAUACUCUUGCACAUGUAUGAAUAUACACUAAGUGUACAAAACAUUAGGAACACCUUUCUAAUAUUGGGUUUCAGCCCCUUUUGCCCUCAGGACGGCCUCAAUUUGUCGGGGCACGGCCUACAAGGUGUUGAAAGCAUUCCACAGGGAUGCUGGCCCAUGUUGACUCGAAUACUUCUCACAGUUGUGUCAAGUUGGCUGGAUGUCCUUUGGGUGGUGGACCAUUCUUGAUACACACGGGAAACUGUUGCGAAAAAUCCAGAGUGUUGCAGUUCUUGACACAUUCAAGCCGGUGUGCCUGUCACCUACUACCAUACCCUGUUCAAAGACACUUUGUCUUGCCCAUUCACCCUCUGAAUGGUUCACAUACGCAAUCCAUGUCUCAAUGGUCUCAAGGCUUAAAAAUCCUUCUCCUCCCCUUCGUCUAUACUGAUUGAAGUGGAUUUAACAGGUGACGUCAAUAAGUGAUCAUAGCUUUCACCUGGAUUCACUUGUUCAGUCUAUGUCAUGGAAAAAGCAGGCAUUCUUAAUGUUUUGUACACUCAGUGAAUACAACUGGAUUUUAAGAUAUUUGUAUACACUAAAUUUACAAUUUUAAAUGUUGAUAUAUUUCAGAUUAUAUGUAUUCAAAUAUAUGGAUAAUCAUAGUAAAAUAAACCCAUUGUUUUUCACUGAA